UUGAACGUAGACAAAGCAUGCUCUCACGCUAAUAGACCAGACGGACGUUAAAGUCGUGCAGGGAAAAUAGCGAUUAAAAUAAUAAUAAAAAUAAGUUUCCUAAAAAAAUACGUCUACAAAAUUUCCAUUGUAUGUUGGAAGGGUUGCGUUGCGUUGAAUAAAAUUGGUCUUUGUGAUCUAAUAAAUUUCAUAACAUACGGCUUGAAAACGUUUCAUUACAUUGUGUGAUUCACACAAGAAUUAAAAUUGAAAUGGUAAUGUCUACGAAAUCGACGGUCAUUAUUAUUUGUUAAAUAGUCACCCUACAUCAUCAGUUAAAUGCAUCAGUAUCAUCUCCGCCAUAGGAAAUUUGCUGAAGUGAUAAGAUUGAAAAUUAGUGACUAUCCAGUAACAAUAACGACUUGUAGUGGGACACAGACUUAUCUAAAAUUUAUAUAUCUUUGUUUAUCAUCGUUAAAGUUAAAGUUUCAAGUAAGUUAAGGAAAGAUGCUGCCCCGGAUGAAAGCCAAGCAGUUGGCGUCGCAAUCGUCAUCCAGGGAUGAUGGGAGUGGAGGAUAUCCCAGUAAUAAGAAUAAUGUCGCCAAGGGAGGGAUGUCGACAUCGUCAUCGUCGCCAAACCUGUUUGCCUCUGGAUUAGCCAUAAAGAGGGAGGAGAAGGACAAUGGGGUUGUUGGGAAGAAGAGGAGACCACCCACCACGGUCACGUCGAUUAAAACGGAACUAAUUCUUCCGCAACAACCUAGCCAAGUUCUGGAUGGGAUGCUCCCGGCGAUGAAAGGCGGCCUCUUCGCACCGGAAGUCAGCAAUCUGCAAAAGACGAGAGAACUAAAGAAAUUGCUCAACUGUUUGAGUGAUUGGGGGUCGAUUAAUGACCAAACGAUGUUAAAGCUUGUGGACAAUUUGAAACAGAAUGUGGAAUGUUUAGACGAAAAAAUGACGCCUUUAGUUUGCAAAACUUUGGAUGCAGAUUGGUGUUCGAGAUCUCCUAAAGUUGUCACUGCUUUUGAAGACUUUAUCUCCGAGCUGUUAAUCAUCAGACCGUGUUACUCAGGGAAUAUACUGCAGGCACUGAUUCGAAAAUUUUUACCUCAAAGUUUGGAAGACACUCAGAAUCCCGACCGUAUUAAAGAAGAAGACCAAAAAAUGUUUGAUGUGGUUCAUCGGAAUUUAGCUAAAUUGUUGGAAGCCUUCCCGAUUCCGAGAAUGAAGGAAAGCUGCGUUAAAACGAUGGGGGCCUUGUAUCCAUACAUGGGAAGACCGCCGUACAUGCAUUUCUGCUAUGUGACUAAUCUUAUCAAAGUUAUGGAAUAUGCUCCACAAAUUACUUGCCAAAUCUUGCACUUGUGCAUUCAUAAAAUCUGUCGAAUAGAUGUCAACGUUCCACGCGACCAUUCUGAACUACUUAGCGAAAUGAUAAAUGAAACGAUAUUAACGCGCCGAAUGAUAAAAUCUGAAAGUGGUCAACGUCUUUCAAUCGAACUAGAUUCUCGUCAAGUUAUUAAUUCUAUAAUCGCUCAAUCCACCGCCCAAUUAAACCCUCUGGUGAACACUGUCGACUUGUGUUUAACUCUCGUGUUUCAAUGCAUCGAGACGAUUUUGAAUGCUGAGGAAUCGACGGACGAGGACGUUUAUUCACUUUUCGAUGCACUACUUGCAACCUUCGAGUCUGAAAUACUGCCCACAUUUGGAAUUCAUAACGUUCAGUUCAUUUAUUUUUACUUGGCUGGUUCGCAGCCCGUUUUUAUGCGAAAGUUUUUAGAAUUUUUGUGGAAAAGGGUGACAAAUGUGAAUACCCCGGCUGUGAUAAGGAUGCAAUGUAUGGUUUAUAUUAGUGGGCUCCUGACGAGAUCUACCGCCGUUUCUGUCAAAACUUUAAAACGCUGGCUGAGUACGAUGGCCGACUGGGCGAAUGCAUAUGUUGAUCAGCGCGUGAAAAGUUCGCAUUGGUCAAGUGUUAAUGUUCAAACGCAUGGACCGUUUUAUGCCGUCUGUCAAACCAUUUUUUACUGCUUCGCAUUUCGAAAUAAGGACCUCGUUGGUAGUCGGAAGUGCACCGCCUUCACAGGAACAUUGAAUCUUGGUCGACUUGUAACGUGCGAUUUGAAUCCCCUCAAAGCGGUGAUUCCCCCCGUUGCCGUUGCCUUUGUGAAAGCUGCUCAUGUUCACCAGAUAUCUUACUGUCAAACCGUUUUGGAACGUAACCAGCGUUGCACAAUUCCCACCUCGGUUCGGGAAUCAAUCAGUGUGUCCGCGAUGGAUAGUAUUAUUGCAGCGAAUUCAAACAUUUUGGAAUCGUUUUUCCCGUUUGAUCCUUUCCUCUUACCAAGAUCUAAAAAAUGGGUUGAUCCAAUCUACCGAAUUUAUGACCCAUAUCUUCCAGAAGUAAAAAUGGAAAAAUGCGAAAGCCCUGCUCGACCGGAUCGAUUUUCAGAUGAAAAUGAGGACUCGAUAGAAAUGGAAUUAGGCUCAAGUUAUAAGGAUUCUCAGUUUAUGACUAUGGCUCGAUUCAUGAACAUUAAGGAUGAACAAGGCGAAUUCAUGGAGGCUGAGUGAAUUUUGGUAAAUUAUUAUUUUUUGUUUCGCUAUUUUUUACAUCAAGAACCAGAUAUGUAUACAUACUUUCACCACUCGUCAGUCAAUAACAUACUUGUGUGAGGACUAUUGUUCAAACCAAACCAUGUACUUGAGCGACAACACAGUGAAAGUAUGUAUAAAUCUGAAGAUUAUCUUAAACAUUGAAGUUCAUACUGACGCGUAGCUAUUGACUUGAAUGUUUAUGAUUAAUUAUUUAUUCAACAAAGAAUAACUUUAAGUGUUAAGGUUGGAUUAUACAUUUACAUAGUUUAGUUGUUACCGUAUUAAUAUUUUACGACGUUUCUCGUAAUAAAACCUAACGUUCCAUGACGUAACAGAAUA